AUGUACCCGGUGCUGCGGAGUCUCGCUCUUCAGCUGCACUCUGCUGUCACCGGCAGCUACAUCUCUGGGACCCACUCCAUUGCCUUCAUCAACUGUCUCAACGAGCAGGUUGCCAAGGAUAUUGCAAGGGCCAUCAUGGAUAAGAAGCUGGCGGCCAACGUGAACAUCCUGCCGAAGAGCCUGGCCUUGUAUUUCUGGAAAGGAGAACUGGAAGAAUCCACUGAAAUACUGCUGCUAGUGAAAACAAGGACAUCCAAAAUAGGCGAAUUGUCCAACUACGUCAGAUCCAUCCAUCCCUUUGAAAUUCCUGAAAUCAUCAGCCUGCCUAUUGACCAAGGAAACCCUCUCUACCUCAAAUGGAUAGAGGAAAGCGUCCCACGGGACUGA